AUGAGACGUCAUGUAAAACUAAUAGCUCAGCAUAUUCACACUCGGCGGUUCCACCAUGACUUUCGACGUCUGCCUGCACCACAGUUGAAGGAACACCUGCUCGCAAGUCUGCAACCGAAACAUAGAUCAUUACUACGCCUUGAAACCCUGAUACAUCAAAUCCAUUUGACGAGUGGAAUUCAAAGUGACAUUGUCUUGCCCUACUCACAAGAACCAAUAUCAACCUCAUUAUCAGAUUCAGUUCUACUUCUCACAAAUGUAGUCACGAAUCCUGCUGGAUCUCUAGAUGCUCGCGUUGACGUAGCAUCAGCUUUCGUCAUUGCGGCCUCAAACUACAUAUUGACUUGUCAUCACGUUUUUGAUAUGAUUGCUCCCGUGCUGCCGCCGAGCUCUAAGGGAAUUGCAACUUGUGUUGCUUUGAGUAGUAAAGGCCACAUAUACCCGAUAACAGGAGCUGUUGCUGCUAGUCCUGCCUUGGACUUGGUGUUGCUGAAUAUUGGACCAGAAUUAAAUGGUGCUGUUUCAGACCUCGUACCUUUGCCAACGACACCCUAUCCUGUGCCAGUCGACACCCAAUUGGAAGCUCAUACCGCCGAUGAAUGGCAUUUUGAAAAAUGUCAACUUAAACUGUAUCGGAACUCGAUAGGAGGAGAAUCUAGGACGGGAACUUACGAUGAGCUACAUUCCAUGCUCGUUGAUGUGGUAGUUCCAUCUGGGUCGUCUGGAGCUCCUUUGAUACACGAUGGACGAGUAUGUGGUGUUCUGAGAGGGAAUGUGCCAGUUAGCAGUCCACUGUUUCCAAAGGGAUACUCGUUUGCUACACCAUGUGAACGAGUUUACGAAUUAUUCAAGUUCCCUAUCGUGACUGGUGGAGGCACAGGCAUCGGCAGAGUCAUUGCCCAUGAACUCGCUUCUCUUGGUGCCAUAGUCGUGAUUGCUUCUCGCAAGAAGGAAAACUUGGAUCAUGUCGCUGCUGAAAUCCAAAUUACGUAUGGUACUGGUCGAUGUGACCCUCAGAUUGUAAACAUUCGUGACGAGGCAUCAGUGAAGAGUUUGGUGGAUCGUGUCAUGGCAAAAUAUCAAAGAAUCGAUGGUCUUGUGAAUAACGCAGGUGGUCAAUACACUGUACCUGCAGGCAAUCUCACCAAUGGCGGGAUGAGGGCCGUAGUCGAGCUCAACCUCAUGGGAAUGUGGAUGUUGACGAAAGCGUGCUAUGACGCGUACAUGAAAGACAAUGGAGGAGCUAUCGUCAACGUCAUUGCCAACGUCCGUAACGGUUAUCCUUCGAUGGCACAUACUGCCGCCGCCCGUUCUGCCAUCAUCGGACUAACGAAAACACUAUGUCUUGAAUGGGGACCAACUUGCGGGAUCCGAAUCAACAAUGUAGUGCCUGAACGCGUUAUAGGAAAUGGUAUGGCAAACUAUCCCCCAGAAGUCGCCAAGACCGCUGUACAAGUGAUGGGGACGGUGCCAGCUGGCAGAGCACAGACGGAAGCCGAAGUUGGAUCCUCGGUAGUUUGGCUGUUAUCCCACGGCGCAAGCGAGGCAGAAAUGGACGGAAGACCACUUUACUUUAAGGAAUCGCAUAUACCAGUCUACAAUGGAUUCGAUGAAAAGUUUGGCAUUGAAGACUUGAAAGUGCCAGAAUCAUUUAAGCAGUUAUUGCGAGACUACCGCAAAAUCGGACGCAAAUCCAAACUAUAA